UAGCUUGUGGGCUGGCUGGUUGUCUGUUUCAGUUGGGGAAUAUUCGAUUUGAACAAAACGAGAGAAAAUAUGUACUUAAGUUUUGUAUUAUUUUUAGAAUAUUGAAAAUUUCGUCUACUCGUACUAAACAAAAAUUUAAAUGUUGAUUUUUCGUGCAUUUCAAGUUGAAAUAUGCUUUGCGUUUCAUUUAAAAACGAUAAAUUCUCGAGAAAGCAACGUGUCCGAAUCGAAAAAGUUUUGAAAUGAAAAUAUUUGCAAAUUGAAGGGAAAAAUAGAAAAUAUCCAAGAAUAUUUAAUGUAUACUCGAAGUGGCUGGCCAUUAUGUGAAAAGUGAAAAGAAAAUGAUGUAGAAAUUUUUGUAAAAAAAUUCUCAAAAUAUUAGCAAAUUUUAUUAGAAUUGCGUGGAAAUAUUAAAAAUUAUAUAAUUACAAAAGAAAUCGAGUGUUUUAAUUCGAGAUUUCAACAACGGAAUUAGGUUGUUUGAAUAUCCAUAAGCAAAAAACCAAACCGAAAUGUGUUCAUUGUCCGUGCUGUGUCCCUUGUGCCACCAAACGAGCUUCUCUAGCAUUGAUGCCUUGCGUUGCAGCCUGAUUAAGGCAGCCAAUGGCCCAUUGGCGUGUCCCAUAUGCCAUGAACUAUUUUUGGGUUUGGAUAAAUUGACGAUUCACCUCUUUAGUCAUACACAUAUUAUGAAUGCCAAUGACAGCCCCAAACAGUCAUCUGGGCCACCAAAAACAACGCAGCCAGCACCAGCACAGCCAACACUACCAGCCACAAUAUCUGCCAAUACUAGCGACAGCAGCAACAAAAACAACAGCAACCCCAUUAGUAAACACAACAAUCACGAGAAAUUGAAAAUAGAAGAAGAGGAGCAACCACCCCCUCUAUUAUAUGAGGCAACGACUAUGACGACGACGCCGCUGUAUACGAACAAUGGCAAAAAACCAAAAGAAAUAACAAAUGAGGUGAAUUUUGAAAAUACUCACCUCCAGCAGCAACAGCUGCCAAUGACAUCUCGAACAGCUGGGAAAAAAUGCAAGGUCUCAAAAGGAGACGCUAAAAAGCAUAACAACAAAAAAUCACAGGUGUCUUUAAAAAACGAAUCAACGGAUGUCAACGAUACUGUUGCUGCAGCUGCUGCUGCCACUACCACAAACGCCCAUGCUGCUGUUCCCACGCCGCUGGUGGAGAGUUCUAUGUGUGACAUAUGUGAGUUCACCUUUCGCAAUGAAGAACUUAGAAAUAUGCAUGUGCGACUGGUACAUCAAAAUUUCGUCUAUACCCAACCCCAAGAAAGUAGUUUGGAAAAUAAUAGCCCAACGGAGAGUAGUCAAACGGAAAUGGACUUCAAAUGCCAUUUGUGCUCGAAAACAUUCAAGAUGAAGGGUUCGCUGCGGUUCCAUUUUAAAGUAGUGCAUCUAAUGGGCUUGCCCUAUGUCAAUAACUCGCCUAAAUUAAAUAUCUGUGAUCGUAUAAGGCAUAGGGAAACCAAUAAACAAAUGAAAACUUCCAGUGGUAUCAAUCACGGCACCACCACCCCCCUAGCGGAAUCCAAUGCAACAUCAUCUAUGGCCAACCAUAACAGUGUUUAUAAUUUACAACCCAUAGCACUCAUACCCACUAUUGGGGGUACGCUGAAUUCUUCACCAUCCUUGGGCAAUUUAAGUGUGGUGAACAUAAGCUCCGCGGAAUUUGGCUCCGCUGCUAUAGAAGGUUCCAGCUCAUCACUACAGAAUUCAAAUGUGCUGCUGGUGAUCAAUAACAAUUCCCACAUCACACAAUCGCUGACCAAGGACUCCAACGCCAAUGCUCUUGGGCCGGCAUUGAAUACAGCAUCCUCAUCAAGCAUAAGUACCACGGAUAAUCCCAAGAUAUGGGAAUGUGAUGUGUGUUCCAAGGCAUUUACAACCAAGUAUUUUCUCAAGAAACACAAACGUUUGCACACAGGUGAAAUGCCCUAUACCUGUGAAAUAUGUGGGCGCACCUUUACUUUCCAGCAAUCCUAUCACAAGCAUUUACUUUAUCACAGCGACGAAAAACCUCACGUUUGUGCAACAUGUGGUCGAGCUUUUAAAGAACUAUCUACGCUUCACAAUCAUGAAAGGAUACACAGUGGCGAGAAACCGUUUAAAUGCGAUGUUUGUGGCAAAAGUUUUCGUCAACGUGUCUCCUUUCUGGUACACACACGCAUACACACCGGUGUUAUGCCUUACAAAUGUGAGUUGUGUCAAAAGAGCUUUCGCUACAAGGUGUCACAGCGAACGCAUAAAUGUCAAGCUCCCUUGUCCAGUGAGGAAACCAACCUGCACAAGGAUACCAUAGAUCACAUAUCGGAAAAUUUCAUAAAAGCAUUUUUGGAAAACUCCACUAACACGAUGCAAAUGCAACAUUCACCGUCACAGAACUCACCAUCCAGUAAUGAAAUUGCGGCGAUUACGGAAAAAGUUUCACCACCAUUGCCUUCGAACCAUUCGUCGUCAGCCUCAACAUUAAAUGAACACCAGGCACUGCUAUCCAAAGCCAUAGAUGAUAUUGUUGUGGAAUCUUGUAAUAAAUUGGGUAUUGGCAAUCGUUGUGAUGGUUUCUCACCAGUGCAAAACAUCAGCGAUGGCUCAAUGUCACCAUCACAGAAAUUGCAAAAUAUGCGUUUGUAUUCACCACAGUUGCCCACACCCGAUUUGAAUGGCUUAGAGAAUGAUUUAACGCGAUUUUUCCAAGAAAACAUGACAGGGCAACAAAAUAUUCUGUGAAUUCAUUUAUUAAGGCUUUUAUUAAAGUGUUGUAAACUUUAAAAGGAAAAUUAUGAUAAUUGUAAAAAAAAAACUUGAAAAUAAUAAAUUAUCAAAUAAACUUAAGAAACAGUCAAA